AUGGAGGAGCAGCCCGGCCCGCCCCAGCCGCACAGCCAGCCCCACCACCACCACCCGCCGCAGCACCACCACCACCAUUACUACUACUACAACCACAACCACCACCACCACCUCCAGCAGAGCCCCUACCUGCCGCAUGCGGCCGAGCCCGGCCCCAAGGCCCCGCCGAAGCCGCCGCUGAAACAUGAGCACAAGCACGCGGGCCCGCCGCCCCAGGACACGCCGAGGAAGAAAACAGGUUAUGGAGAGCUAAAUGGUAACGCAGGAGAAAGAGAAGUAUCAUUAAAGGGCCUGUGUGCUGAUGAAACAACCAACCCAUCUUCCAGGGUACCGAAUGGCAGCCAGCAACUUGUAGACACUAAUGUAAACCCAAAGCAGACUGUUAAGGCCAGCACCUUUGGGAAAGCUGGAAUCAAACCCAAGAACUUCAUUCAGAAAAACAGUAUGGACAAAAAGAAUGAAAAAAUUUAUGAGAAUAAACUUAGAGAAAAUCAAUCCUCAGACAAGCCAGAGGCAGUAUCUAUUCCAAAUGGUGUUGUAACAAAUAGUUCUGGUUAUAUCACUAAUGGCUAUGUAGGCAAAGGGGCAGAUAAUGAUGGUAGCGGGUCUGAGAGUGGAUAUACCACACCUAAGAAACGGAAAGGCAGGCGUAACAGUGCCAAGGGGUGUGAGAACUUGAAUCUAGUGCAGGACAAAAUAAUGCAACAGGAGGUCAAUGCCCCAUCCUUAAAACAGGAACUUGAGAGUUUCAAGACUGACUACAGUGAACAAAAGGGAAACCGAGUUGACAAUACUAAGCCUGUUUGGAAGUAUGAAGCUGGGCCUGGAGGAGCAGGCCGUGGGAAAACUGGGGUUGGGGAGGUACAACGAAAAAACUCUGAUGCCAAACCUGGGAUUAGCAGCAAAAAGUUUGAUGACCGGCCCAAGGGGAAGCAUGCAUCAGCGGCUGCAUCAAAAGAGGACUCGUGGACCCUGUUUAAACCACCCCCAGUUUUUCCAGUGGACAACAGCAGUGCUAAAAUAGUUCCUAAAAUAAGUUAUGCAAGCAAAGUUAAAGAAAACCUCAACAAAGCAGCUCAAAACCCAUCUUCGUCUCUGUCUUCUUCAUCGUCGUCUUCAUCUACUGGAGAAACGCAGGCCCAGAUGCCGAGUCGACUGUCCCAAGUCCCCAUGUCUGCUAUGAAGUCUGUUACUUCUGCUAGCUUUUCGAAUGGGCCCAUUUUAGCAGGGACUGAUGGAAAUGUAUAUUCUCCAGGGACCCAGCCACUGCUCACAACUGCUGCUAGUACUUUAACCUCAACCUCGUCUGAGUCCGUACACCAGGACAUAAGUACAACUUCAACAGCCGUUGAACAAAAGAAGUCUAGCCUUUUUAUCUACCCUUCAAAUAUGCAAUCUGUGCUUUUGGGCGCAGCACAGGUAGAUCUGCCGUCUCAGACAAAUCAGCAGAACCUGGGGGAUAUCUUCCAGAACCAGUGGGGUUUAUCAUUUAUAAAUGAGCCCAGUGCUGGGCCUGAGACUGUUCUGGGGAAAUCAAUGGAUAAUAAAAUAAUGGAAGUGACAUUUCAAGGGGAAUAUCCUGCCACUUUGGUUUCACAGGGUGCUGAAAUCAUUCCCUCAGGAACUGAACAACCUGUGUUUCCUAAGGCUUAUGAGCUGGAAAAACGGACUAGCCCUCAAAUACUUAGUGCUAUUAUAAAGCCUGGGACUGCUAAUGAGAUUGGAGUCUUGUCUUUGGAGCCACAUCACAUAGGUGACCUGCAAAUGGCAGACACCAGUAGCCAAGGUGCUUUAGUGUUCCUCUCAAAGGACUAUGAACUAGAGAAUCCCUUGGCCUCUCCUACGAACAAUUUGUUAGCCUCCGCCAAAGAUCAGAGGUACCAGAGAGGCCUAGAAAGGAAAGAUAGCUGGGGUUCUUUUGACCUGAGGGCUGCUAUUGUAUAUCACACUAAAGAAAUGGAAUCUAUUUGGAAUUUGCAAAAGCAAGAUCCCAAAAGGAUAAUCACUUACGAUGAAGCCAUGGAAUGUCCAGAUCAAUGAAGGUAGCAGGACAAGACUGCCUGUUAUAACCUUUCUGCAGCGUGAUGCUGUUCACAGGGGACAAAAGGCUUUUAUGCGCCUUCUAAAUCUUCAGUGCAGCAGAGGAACCAUAACUAGAAUCACAGGAUAAUAUAUACAAAUUAUAUAUAGUUAUUUAAAAAAUGGCGACUGAAAGUAAUUAGACUUCUUAAGGAAUCUGAAAAUUUAUUUCAACAGACUUCACACGUGAUUAUUUAAUCUCCGGUACUGAAUAGGUUUUUUAGUUUUUGUUUUUGUUUAAAGAGCGAAUGCAAAUGAUUAAUGAAUACAGACUCAAUUCACAAGCCUGGUUCUAAAGUUCCUGCUGUCAUCAACAUGGGCAACAGUGACCGUUGGAGAGGCAUUUCCACUUUCAAGGUUUCUGUUUCUUGUUCUGUGACUGUAGUGAUACACUAAUCACAGGGAAAUCGGGAUGUUUCACCAUCCUUCAUCUCCCCUUCCCCUCCACCUCCUUUUUGUUUUACUUUGAACCCUGUGUGAAUGCUGGAGAAACGCCUUGAAGUUUGCAGGGUUUCCUUUUUUCCAGAGAAUAUAAUCUGCAUGUCUUGCCAGGAGUCAAACAGCCCAUCAGGUGCUGAGAAAAUUGUCUUAAAGCAUCGUUCUUCUGGGGGGAAAGAUUGUAAUUCUGCAGUUCUGGGAUACACAUUGGUUUUACAGAGUUGACAAAACUCCAGUUACAUUUUGGACUAUUACAACUGAAGAGCUCUUUCAUGAGUGUCAUUUUAAAAGACAACAUGCAAAACAAGCAAUUGGUUUAGGCAUUUAAUAUGGAAAAAACCCUGUUCCCACACUUUUAUGCCAUUGUAUCACUGGGAGCAAAAAAAAUAUAUAUAUGCAUAUAUAUAU